AUGGAUGAUCGCAUGUCUGCUAACGCUUGGAGUUCUAGGAUGCGCCAAAAAAACAGAAGGAAAUUGUUUCCCAAGAACGUAGGGGAGGAGGUCUUGGGUUGGAGGAGAAGGUGGAGGUGGACUAGGUGGUGGUGCAGGCCUGGAGGAGGUGUUGGUGGUGGAGAGGGUGGGGGUUCAGGUCAUGGUGGUGGAUUUGGAGUUAGAGAAGGUGGCGUUGGAGGAGAACUUGGUGGUGGAGUUGGUGGAGGAGGUAUCGGAGGUGGUUCUAGACAUGAUGGAGGAUUUGGAGCCGGAGGUGGUGUAGGUGGUGGCGCUGGAGGAGGUGGUGCAGUUGGAAGCAAAGUUGCUAAAGGAGUAGGAGGAGGCAAAUUUGGAGGUGGUGGUAGAGGUGGAGUAGGAGAAGGAUCAGGUCAUGGUGAUGGUUUUGAUGCGGGUGGACGGGUAGGUGGGGCAAGGGGAGGAUUAGGGGAGUAA